CUCGGCUCUGGCUCUGGCGCGGCGUCUCCUCCACCCCCUCGUGAGCCUGGGGAACCUGCAGCUCAAAGCCGCCGCCAGCCACACCAACAUGUACUCCAGCAACAAGCGGAAAAAGCUGUGGCGGGAGGAGAAAGAGCGUUUGCUGAAGAUGACCUUGGAAGAAAGACGCAAAGAGUACUUGGGGGAUUAUGUUGCAUUGAAAGCUAUUCCAACAUGGAUGGAAGACUUGAAAAGUAAGAGUGAAAGUGACGGUGAAAACACUAAAGAAGAUCUGCAAGGGAAGAAAAGUCUGAGUGAGAAAGUUUCUCUCUACAGAGGUGACAUUACACUGCUUGAGGUUGAUGCCAUCGUUAAUGCUGCUAAUUCCAGUCUUCUUGGAGGUGGAGGAGUGGAUGGCUGCAUUCACCGAGCUGCCGGGCCCUGCUUAGUGGCCGAGUGUCGCCACCUGAACGGCUGUGAGACGGGACAGGCCAAAAUCACCUGUGGAUACGACCUGCCUGCAAAGUAUGUGAUCCAUACUGUUGGGCCAAUUGCAAGAGGCUACCUCACUGACACUCAUAAAGAAAAUUUAGCAAGUUGCUAUAAGUCCUCUCUGAAACUGGCAAAAGAAUACAACAUCAGAUCAAUCGCCUUUCCCUGUAUUUCAACUGGAAUUUAUGGUUUUCCAAAUGAGCCUGCUGCUGUCAUUGCCCUUAACACUAUUAAGGAAUGGUUAAGCAAGAAUCACAAUGAGGUGGAUCGUAUCAUCUUCUGCGUCUUUUUGGAGGUUGACUACAAAAUUUUCAAGAAGAAAAUGGGCGAGUUUUUCCCUCUAGGUGAUGCUAGUGAAGAGGGGGCUCAAGUGAGUCAAGAGAGAGAAGGCCAGCCUCCAUCUCCCAUAAAGAGCAAAGAAGAGCAGCCUGAGGACCUGCAGGAUGAUGCUGAAGGUGGUAAUGGCGCAGUGGAUAAGCAAAGCACCGAUGAAAGUAAGACCCAGAGCCAAGAAACAGGUGAAACAAAACCUUCAGCUGUAGACAGCCUAUCAUCAGAAGACAUUGAGCUGAGUGAGAAUAAAGAUUCCUUGAAAGACUCCAAAGGCACACAGAAGGGUGAUUCAGUGCAUCCUGUGAUGUGUGAACAAGAUCAAGCCAAAGGACAACAGGAUGUUUCUGCAAAUGGGGAGAUAAAAACUGAGGCAGAUUCCCAAGGCUCCUGCAUGGAAAUAGAAGAUCCACCGUUGAACCAAGAGGAAACGACAGAAGUUGAGAUACCUUUGAUUCUUGGUUCAGAGGAAAAGGAAGAAGGAAAAGAAGAAGAAGGAGGGAUACAAGAACAAGAGGAAACUUCUGUGGAGCCUAUGAAAAUUGACCUUGCAAGUCGAGCAGCAGAUGUUUCAAAUAAAGAUGCUGAAAUGAAUAGUCAAGUUGAAACUAUAAACGAUCCAAUGGAAACAGAGCAGAAAGCUUAAGUAACAGGAAGGAUGCAGGAGAGGGGAGACCCAAGGAAACCCUACGGGCUGGCGCUGACAUCCUACAGCAUCAUUCUUGGCCGAAAAGAGCACACAGAGAUGAUCAGCGGGUUGGGAGGGGGGGAGCUUUUGGGGGAAUGAGUCUUUGCUUUUAAUUUCUCUUUGUUCUUCAUUCCAUUUCAUUCUGUAAGCCUGUUGGAAAGAAUCAUAACUCCCCAGCUCUAACAAUGUUUUGCAAUCAACCCUGCAUUUACAACAGUUUCUUCUGUCCCUCUCUUAUUGUGAGUCCCUCUCUUAUACUGGGUCUUGUUUCCUCCUGCAUCAUACCAUCAGUAGCCUGUUUCCAGGCCCACCCCUUUUCUAGCAUCUUUAUCUUCUUUCCCAUGAUCAGCCUAUGCUAUGCCAUGUCCUUACAUGUGAAUAACACACGUGGCCUCAAACAGCCAGCAUCCCAAAUCCAUCCUGCUUUUUCCAGUCAGUUCUGCACGUCUCAAAACCAGUGCUGUAAGUAUGACCUUUGGGCACAGGUAGGCUACAGACAUUUCCCCCAUGCUGGAAAGACUGUGCAUUAGAGGCAUCUUUAAAUAUAGCUCUCAGCUUUAACAGCUUCACACAGUAGCUUUUGUGAGCCCUCAUUACAUUUUCCACUGCAUAUGCAUGAAUUCUUAUUUUUUUUAAAAAAAGCAAUUAACAGUUAUUUGGAUAAGAAUGUCUCUCCGUAUGUCAGUUGUUCUGCCAGCAAAUGCUGCACUGAAAUUUGUAGAAAAGGAACAAAAGUUUUUCAUGUACAUUUCCCAACUGUGCUGUAACCAAAACUGACGGAAAAUACACUGGCUGGAAGAGCACGUGACCUGUGUCCCUAGUGGGAUGUGCUAUAAACUGUAUUUUAAAGUGCUGCUAAGAAUAAUUUGGUCAUCUCAAGCAAAGUAAUUGAUUCUAAUUUGAUAAUUUUAAGAAAAAUAAAUGGUUCUGUUCUCUUUUUCUCACCCAAAAUAUUCCUGAAUCAC